AUGCGAGCCCCCACCGCAGUGGACGCUCUCGACUCAAGCGCGCGCCUAGCCGUUGGUCAACUUCAGGAACAAACAUGUUGCUACGAUCAUGUGAUUCUCGUCUCUACACAGGCCAUCACAAGUAGAUCAGCCUCUUUUCAGCUCGUCGAGGUAGGCGUAGGUGGCUUGGAUGCGAUGCGUCCCAAGCUUUGCGGCAGUACGACGCAGUUUGCUCUGUUGCGAGUUCGAGAACGUAUCUUGCUCGUUGUCUCGCUCGGCAAGGAUAGCAGUGGUCUCAAGCGUGCCCAGGUUCUCGUUCAGAGUAGAGCACUUCAGUCGUCGCUUGGUAGCGUUCUGUUUGCUACACUCACCAUCGCCACAGCCUCUGAGCUCACUUCGGCUCUCGUCGGAUCCAAACUGCGACUCGAAGGCUUUGCUCGCCUCGAUUCCUCCAACGUCAACCAAGAUUUUCGCGCUUCGUGGGCUUCGACCUCUACAGCAACCAACUUUACUCGUUCCAAGCCUAGUGCGCCAUCCUCGCCAGAAGAGGCUGGCCUCGACAAUGACUGGUCUCGACCCGUCUCGCAUCCCGAUCCAUCCCACGCCAACAGUGAUCAACUACCCACCAGUGUCAGCUGUACCAGCAAUCUGAUACCCUCGUCCUCUCUUGCAAGUCUUCCGAAAUCCGCAUGUCCAAGUGGUCAAGGUAUGGUUAUCGAUCUCGAGUCAGUCACUGUUACGCCGACCGCAGCAUGUGAUGCACUUGAUGCUGCUCACAGUACAUCAAUCCCACCAGCUGAAAGGGAUCUGCCACCGCUACCCAUUGAAAAAUGCGGUGCAAAGAGCGUUGAAUCGACCUUGACUUCCUCAGCAGCGUCACAUCGAUCUGCCUCAACACAUUCCACACUUGUAGAACCGGUGGAGCUGCGCAGUCGCGCAAAUUCUGACCGCCUUGAGUUGGCGCAAGGAUCCAAAGACCAUCGAUCCAUCUACGAGCGCAAGCGUCUUUCAAAUGAAAGAGAACGGCUUCGCGCUGAUGAAGUCAUCCGAGACGAAGUCAUGAGGAAGCUACGCGCAGAACAGCAACGCUUGCUCAGAUCGCCAGCCGCUCGUCAUUCACGAUCAACGAUCAGUCCACCCUUGGCUCCUCCGCCUCCGUUCGCCCCUCCUCUAGCUCCACCUUCGCCGCGAUCAUCUUGCAUUCGGUCGUCGAAUCCUUCCAGCGUCGCGUCAGCGCAUCUCAACUCGACGAGAAAGGUGGAACGCAUCAGUGAGCCUGCCAGUACGCUCACUACGAUUGUCACCGUUCCGCCAACUCCAACAGCUGCGUACCCGAAUCAGGCCGAGCCAGACGCACCACCAAAGGAAUGGCUUUCUGACCUGACCGGAAUCAUGGACAGUCGCGCCAAUAGUCGCGCCAGCAUGCACUCGUUGAGUCUUUGGGAAUUUGCUGACAACGCCACCCAUGAUACGUUUCUGAGUUCGUCGAGCCUUGCACGUUGGACGAAAUUGGCGGGUGCGCAUUCCAAAACGGAACUUUCGGCGACGGAAAUUGCGACAUCAGCUCAGAGUCGAAGCAGACAGGCAUCGGGGUACGAGUCGGUCUUGUCGGUCUCUCCCGACAGAAACGCAUUAGCCUCGUCAAGCUCGGGAGGCAGCAUUGGCGCUUGUUCCAUUUUUGACAAGGAUCUACCGGCGCCUCCUAAAGAGACCCAAGCCGAACGCGAAGCAGAUCGACGAAACGAGUGGGUUGAGCCACCAGAAUCGCCAGACUCAACAGAACACCUCUCGGUGCCCUGGAGAGAAGCUGCAUUGAUACCGCACAGGAGCGAGCAACGAGGUGUCAUCAGUCCUGUAGACGCAGAGUUACAAGAUCUUCGCGAGCGACUUGCGCAAGCAGAGGCUCGCGCUCGAGCUGCCGAGAAUGCAGCCCUAGUCGCAGUGCACGAGGCCGAGAGCAAGACACGACGGCUAGCGGAAGAGCUGGCCAAAGUAGAAAGGAGCACCAAGGACACGAUGGAGGCUGAAGCUAUCCGCCGAGCCAAGUGGGCGAGGGAACAGGCGACACGCAACCAGCUCGAUGCAUACGAACGAAGCAAGCUCGAAGCCGACGAAAUGAGGCGUCGUCGGGCCAUGGAGGAGCAGCGUCAACUCGAGUGUGAUCGAGCGAAUCGCAUUCGAGAAGAGCAAGAAUGGCGUGAGCACGAGGCCGAGCGUGUCAAGCACGAGUACGAGCUCAAGAUCCAGCACUUGGCCGAGAGAGAAGCCAAGCUCAAGGCUGAAGCACGGGUGAAAGAGCAACUUGGACGCGAGCGCAAGGAGCAGGCCAAAGCGAGCGAGCGCCGACGAGAAAAGCGAUUGGCAGAACUGAUUGCCGCCCUGAGAAAAGGGCGCGAGUCAGGCGCAGAGGCAGAGCCGACUCGGUUGUUGUCAGGAUGGCUCAACCUUCAAGCCGAGGGCGCUGUGCAGUGGAAGAGGCGCUGGUACACCGUCGUGGACGAUCGAUUGAUCUUGUCCAGAUCGGCGACGGAUGACAGUGCGAUGACGACCAUCCCUUUGGACCCGAGCCAGCUGCUUUCGGUCAGCGAUGUUCACGAAGACUGCCUUGUGAGGCACGCUCUCUGCCUGAAAGUGCAGACAAAUUGUUGUGCCAGCGUCGACUCUGGUCUGGAAUCGGAGGCGCUGGCCAAGCAUGCUUACAUUGUUUCCACAGAUACCCUUGAAGCCAAGGAAGAGAUCGAGCUUGUCAUCGAGGCCCUUCGCAGGCUGUGA